AUGUCUGACAGAGCGGUAGUCGGUUGGAUCAAGGAGUAUGGGAGCUUUGGUACCUUCUUCUCCUACGGUCUUGACCUGUUCGAGAAGAUUCCUAUCGUAUGCUCUUUAGCCAAGGAAUGUCUCAAUCAUUGGCGAGCUGUACGCAACGGCCAGCGACAGCCAUCAAGUUCCAGAGUCGAUCAGGUCGAACCCGACUCACAUGCACCAUCUCCACCAAACGCACCACCCGCACCACCCGCAUCGAUCUCCAGGAGAGUUACUCACCUGAUCUCAUGGCUCGAGGCAUGGGAAAGCCCAGAGCCGAGUGCUGAGGCAGCACAGUCAAAGCAGGGCCACCGCGCCGCAGGAGAGUUCUACCGGCAGGCUCUGCUGAUAUACCUGAAAGCCUGCUGCGUCGAACACGCUCCCGAUGCCUUCAUGGGACCAUCCACCGUGCCUAAUGAGGGUUCCGAGUUCUGGCCGUUGCCCAGCGCCAAGAUGCUCGCAGACAUAGCGGGCCACACCGAGAUAGUCAUGGGCCUCGCGCCGAUCCUAGGCAUGUCCCGCUACGGAGCAACGUCGUUGUGGCCCUUGAUCAUUGCCAGCUCCUGCUUCACCGAUGAAGACAAACGAGCGCUGCUGAUUGAAUCCAUGGACAACACCGCAUCGUAUUUCUACGGCGCGGCCCAGCUCGAACGAGUCGUGAACGUCGCGCAGAUCUUGUGGCGGGAUGAGGGACGCAAAGCCUUUGGGCCUUACGGGCUGGAAAUGAUCAUGAAGGAACAUGCUUACAAUCUGAGCAUGUCAUGA